AAAAAGUCUACAAUGGCCGCGACUCAAAACCUAGUGCAUGUCUGCUCAGUGUUAAUAGAGAGUAUUUUAUUCCGCGUCCAAAUGAUGUCUAAAAUGCUGUCUAGAUAGGCAGCUCACUGGGAAUUGAGACUCUUCCAGCUGACCAAAACUGACUGGAAAAGUACGUUUUGUUUUACUCCACUCUUGAAACUUAUGUGUAACGUCCAGUGUUUAUUUAGAGUAUUAUUGUUGUGUUUAUAAAAAAGAAAAGUAUUUCCUUGUCGUAAGUAAGUAGACACAUGAGUUGUGAGGAGCUCUGAGUCAAGCUGUGAAGAGUGAGUCAGAUUUUCCAGCUCGUUUUCUGUCUCCUCUGCUGGUCUGCUGCAGCAGUCUGGAAGUAUGCUGUUGCUCCAGGACAUAAUGAGAAGGACUUGUUUGUCCUGGUGCCUUUUCCUGAUGUUUGUCUGGUACCCAGCGGGCAGCAUUAUGACGGAUCUUGAGCUGGAGGGUUCGGACCAGGACUGGGGUUCUGGAUUACACGAACUCCUAAACAGCUUUCCAGCUGAUAGUCCAUUUGUCAGAGAGACACCUGGCAAGCCAGCCAACUGCUCUCAGCGCUUCUGGCUUCCUCCUUCCUCCCCUGUGUGCUGGGAUGAUAUAGCGGGCCCAGAGGAGUUUGAGAAGUCCCGCCUUCUCGUUCUGCAGAACAGGGCAGCACUGCAGGCAGUAUCAACAUCUAGUGGUCUUGAGGACGGGGCUGCAUCCUUUGAUCAACAGGCCAAGGAGAACAUGCAGGGCGUCCUGGAUGACCAUCUCGCUGUGGCCCAGACCGCCAAUACAAUGCAGAAUGUGUUCACGGAUUUGGAUGAGAAGAGGAAGGAGGGGGAAAAACAUUAUACCUUCUCAAGUCUAAAGGAGCAAACUGAAAACACGAAAGACUCCAUUGCUAAAAAGGAGCAAGUAGCCGCACUUCUAGAGAAACAUCUGACCAAUCUGGAGAGGUCUUUGAACACUAUGCAACUUCGACUGGCCAAACUACUACCCCAGUAAUUUAAUUUGAGCAACACAACCUACACGUGUGGAAAAUAAUAUAAUGCAUGUUUAUUACAUUUUAUCAAACAAAUAAGACUUGUAUCACCAUAUACUGCAUGCCAACAGCACCCUGUAUUUCUCUUUUGUUAACCAUCUUCCUCUUGUUUUUCCACUCCAUUAAGUAAAUGGGAUUAAUAUUAAUUACUGGCAAUAAAAUCUAUUUUUAUACCCCCAGACUAUAGACUGUUACCUAAAAAUGUAAAGUACAAUUGUAUUAAGCUUAAUUUGUCUGUGAUUAAAAAAAUAAAUACAUGCACAACAUGCUUUGCA